AUGGGUAGAAUUUUUUUUUCUAAAAAGAAAAAAAUCAUUAAAAAAUAAAUAAAUAAAAUCGUGACCCUCACGGAUUAGCUUCCUCCUUGCCACUCCUUCUUCGACCCUCACUUGCGCUCGCAGCCUCUCCGUUCACGCGCUCUCUCAGGUUGAAAAGGAAGAAGACGGACAUAGUAGCAUAUAACAAGAGAGAGAGAGUUGGGUUGUUGUGGUUGGAGAGCCUUAUAGAGCUACUUCAUCAUCUGCCAAUGUAUCAGUUCUGUUUUGAAUGAAUAGAUGUGACCUGAAAAUUCUUGCUUCAAGUGGACUGUCUCUGAAGUGAACUAUACGGCAAGCUGAUUUAUUUUUAAUUAUUUUUUGUUUCAAUAAAAGGAACAAGUGACGGGAUAUAUCCCUUUAUUGGACACAAUGAGUGCACUUUACAUUUCUCUGAGCAAUUCAGUUUCUCAAUCAUGUUACAAACCUAGGCAACUUUACAAGUCGCAGGUGGGAACUAGUCCUGUUGUUCAGAUUAGAUGCCACAGGGUUGUGAGUGUGAGUGCAUGUCUCAAUAUGGAUGUUGGUGCACCUAAUGCUGGGAAGAUAGCAUUGGAGACAACGAAGGAUGUGAUGGAGAUGGAGGGGAAGUUUUUGGUGGGGACAUAUGCAAGAACACCAGUGGUGCUUGAGAGGGGGGAAGGUUGCAAGUUGUAUGAUGUUGAAGGGAGAAAGUAUUUGGAUUUGAGUUCUGGGAUUGCUGUCAAUGCACUAGGGCAUGGGGAUGCAGACUGGUUGAAAGCUGUUGUUGAGCAAGCCGGUACCCUUACUCAUACCAGCAAUAUAUUCUACACAAUUCCUCAGGUAGAACUUGCAAAGCGCCUUGUGACUUCUUCUUUUGCUGAUCGUGUAUUCUUUGCAAAUUCUGGAACUGAAGCAAAUGAAGCAGCUAUUAAAUUUGCAAGAAAGUAUCAGAAGCAGACAACUACUAACGGGAAAGUGCCAGCAACAGAGUUUCUAGCUUUUAGUAAUUGUUUCCAUGGGAGAACCCUGGGUGCACUUGCUUUGACAAGUAAAGUGCAAUACAGAACACCUUUUGAACCUGUUAUGCCUGGAGUGUCCUUUUUAGAAUAUGGAGAUGCUCAGGCUGCAACAGAAUUAAUUAAACAGGGCAAGAUUGCUGCAGUUUUUGUGGAACCCAUCCAAGGAGAAGGUGGAAUUUAUAGUGCUACAAAAGAAUUUCUACAGUCUCUGCGUAAUGCUUGUGAUGAAGCCGGGGCACUUCUUGUGUUUGAUGAGGUUCAAUGUGGUUUAGGGAGAUCAGGGUUUCUCUGGGCCCACGAAGCAUAUGGUGUCUUCCCAGAUAUGAUGACCCUUGCGAAGCCUCUUGCCGGAGGCCUACCUAUUGGAGCAGUCUUAGUGACUGAGAGAGUUGCUUCUUCUAUAAAUUAUGGUGACCAUGGAAGCACUUUUGCAGGAAAUCCUCUUGUUUGUAGUGCUGCUCUUGCUGUUUUGGAUAAAAUAUCAAAACCUGAUUUCCUAUCAUCUGUAUCUGAGAAAGGCGUCUACUUCAAAGAACUACUCAAGCAGAAAUUAGGCGGAAACCGGCAUGUGAAAGAAAUCCGCGGUGUUGGGCUAAUUGUAGGAAUAGAUUUAGAUGUACCUGCCUCACCCCUUGUAGAUGCAUGCCGACAAUCUGGGCUUUUAGUAUUAACUGCUGGAAAAGGAAAUGUUGUCAGGCUUGUUCCGCCAUUGAUCAUAACAGAGAAGGAGCUUGAGCAAGCAGCCGACAUUUUGUACCAAACUAUACCAGUUCUUGAUAACUAGGAGUGUAGGAGAAAGAGGACUGGCCUUUUACUAGUCAAAUAAAACUUUUGUUGGUGUAUUGUUGCGUAGCUGAAAGUUUCUGUUGAUAAAACUUGAUAACUUCCCUUUAAUUUAUGAUGUCUCCAUGGUAAGAAUAUUUCAGCAAUAUUGUAGCAUUUCUUGGAUAAUGCUUGUCGGAUCAGAUGGUUUA